CACUGAUGAAGUUUUUUUUCCGGAUCACAUGAGCCAGGAUGAAGGGGGAAAAUCCUGCCAGGAGCAGACAUGGGCUGCAACUUGAACCCGACCGAGGGGAGACACAGAGCAGUGCCUGGAGAGCUAUAUAAGAAUGUGCCAGGCUCAAGAGCAAACACUUUCUCAGGUGAAGGACUCGCAUGAAUCAGCCAUGAAUGUGAAUGAAGACACUGUUUCCAGCAGGCUUGGAGCCACUAACAAAGUCUGUUUGUAUUUCAUCAUCGCCAUCCUGGGUGCAUUGCUCGUCUUUGCCUUGGCCACCAUCAUGGUCCUGGUCGUCCAGAGGACGGUAGCUGAUCCUGCCAUAGAGGGCAUCAAAAAACCCAUCAGGACAGGGAACACCUUUGAAGACUAUUUGAGGAUCCUACAGAGUGUCCCAGCCAAGGGAGCUGCUGCCUACAUGAGAGUGUCCAGCGCAGUGAACGGCUCCAGGCUGAGCCUGGUGGAGAAGGGGGUCUGCGAGGACACCGAGUGCAAGAGCCACGAGCUGGUGAUCAAGAAACAAGGCCUCUACUUGAUCUUCUGCCACUUGAACUUUCACUUUCCCAACUGCUCCAAGAGCCCCAUCGACCUCAAGAUUGAGCUCCUGGUGAACGGCAGGGUGGAGAGGCAGACGUUGUCCACGUGGUGUGCAUCAGAAACCUGCCAAGACAAGACUUUUAAGACCUUGCUCCAGCUCCACCUGGCGCACCUGAAAGUGCAGGACGGGAUAUCAGUAACACUGAACCAUCCCCAAUUCCUGAACGACGUUUCCCUUCCCAAUGAAAACGUCCUGGGGGUGUUGAGGUACAGCGAUGGGAUGUGAGCAGCUCCCUGAGCUGCCACUGCUGCCCAGGCCCUUUCUCUGAACACCAGCAGCCUGCUUGCACUAGGCACCAGCUUGGUUUAAAUCUCCCACCUCACCUCAUCCCUAGGGUGAACAAGGAACUUUGUGAGUGUCCCAGAAAACAACACUGCAAGAUCCACACCUGCCAGGUUCCCUGGCUUGGCUCCUGGUGGGAUUGUUGGACUCUCCAGCACAAAACCCACAGACCUACCAAGGGCUCCUCGAAACAAGCUGUGCACACACAGAUUAAAACCCGGGCAGAUCAUGGGAAGAAUCCACAAUAUGGAGAUUUUUAGGGUCAUAAACUGUUGGCACAGCAACUCUGCUCAGGACAUGGGGAAAUCUGUUUAACUCUAUUUUAUGGAGAAGUGUUUUAACCCAGUCUUUCCAAAAACCCAACAGUCAAAUCUUGUAGUCAAGGCUUUUCUUUACCACAGGCACAAGAUGACAACUCUGGAAUAGAUUCAUGGUACAACAGCAAAAAUGCUGAAAUUAUUGACUCUCAGGCUGGUAGCUGAAACUCUGGGGCAGGACAUAGGAGAUAUGGGGUUUACACGAUAUUUCUGUGCUGCAUUCUGCUAUGGACUUUAUGCCAUUUCCUUCAAGUGUCUUCCUUGUCACUAUUUAUCCAUCUUUU